CAACUACCGUCUCUACGUCUCGUCUCACCCCUAUCCGUUUCCUCCGUUUCACACUCUCCACCCUCACCCCCUUUCCCUUCCCCUUCCUUGGUAUAAGUCCUCCCUUGCUAUUUCCGCCUCACAUCCGACCACAAAUCCCCACCCCAGGACCAGUAGCAGCCAUGACGACCUCCGCCGUCGCCAACCUAGCCGGCGCCUCCCCGCUGCCUGCCUUCGCGCCGAGGCCCAGGUCCAGGCCCAACUCCGCCAGCCCGGGCCCGUACGGGCCCGCGCCGCGCCGGCUCGCCGUCGCUGCCCCGCCGCGGGCCUUCUUCUCCUCGGCGCCUUACCAGCCGCCGGAGCCGGAGGGCUACUCCUCCGUCCGGGAGUACGGCCUCGUGCCCAUGGUCGUCGAGACCACCUCCCGCGGGGAGCGGGCCUACGACAUCUUCUCCCGCCUGCUCAAGGAGCGGAUCGUAUGCAUCCACGGGCCCAUCGCCGACGAGACGGCGUCCCUCGUCGUCGCGCAGCUGCUCUUCCUCGAGUCCGAGAACCCGCUUAAGCCCAUCAGCCUCUACAUCAACUCCCCCGGGGGCGUCGUCACCGCGGGGCUCGCCAUCUACGACACCAUGCAGUACAUCCGCUGCCCCGUCAACACCAUCUGCAUCGGCCAGGCCGCCUCCAUGGGGUCGCUCCUGCUCGCCGCCGGCGCGCGCGGGGAGAGGCGGGCGCUGCCCAACGCCAGGGUCAUGAUCCACCAGCCCUCCGGCGGGGCGCAGGGACAGGCCACCGACAUCGCCAUCCAGGCCAAGGAGAUCCUCAAGCUGCGCGACCGCCUCAACAAGAUCUACGCCAAGCACACGGGCCAGAACAUCGACAAGAUCGAGCAGUGCAUGGAGCGUGACCUUUUCAUGGACCCCGAGGAAGCGCGCGAAUGGGGGCUUAUAGACGAGGUCAUCGAGAACCGCCCGGCCUCCCUCAUGCCUGAGGGCCUCAGUGCCGUUGACCCGCCUCACCACGGUGGGGGCGGCGGCCCCAACGGCCGUGGCAGGGACAGGGAUAUGGAGGAGCCCUCGGCGGUAUGAGGGGUGGCCAGGCCACAAAGGCAAAUGAACAAACAUGUUGAGUGCACACUACAUUGGAAAUACACGAAUCAGUGGAAUGCAACGGAAACAGACGCAAGAACUCGGAGCGCCUUUUUGGUAUUUUCUGGGUUUAGUGAAGCAGCCUAACAUACCUUUUUGGUAUUUUCUGGGGUUAAUGAAAUAACACAAGGUUAUCGAGGAACUACCUCAAUGUGAUGCGCUAUAUAUGGGGUGAUAUGACAGCAAAAGUUCAAUCCAAAACUCCCAAAGCACAUCAAAAGUUCAAGCCAAUACUCCCAAAGCACAAGAUGCAGUCCAAGAUCUUAGAUAAUAUGGGGUAUAUGGUCUGAUUUAAAAACUAGAGGUGAGGAUCUUUAUAAGGCUUUUGGUAAGAGCAUCUCUAGCAUAUCCUGGAAUAGUGGUCAAAUCCAGAAAGUUGAGUUUUGGUUGAGAAAAGAAGAACUGAAUAGAUCCCGUAAAAUGGGAUAAACCAUUUUUUUCUAGGUCCUUGGUUAUUAUCACCUACACCGGUGUUGAACUUUGAUUCUCAGGAGGUUUGAUACUGACCGAUUUCACACAUCAUGGCUUGUUCGAGUACCUUCAUGACCAAGCUCUCCCAUGGGAGCGCCUUCAUGGGAGGAGGCGGGAGAGGUCAGACGAUGGCCCGAGCUGGCUAGAAGUGGUCAUGCUCGCAGCCCAUGGAAGCACGUCCAUGGCCAAGCUCCCUGGUGGAAGCACCUUUGCUUUAUUUUUUUGAGAAAUCGGAAGCACCUCCACUGGUUGAGGCAGGGGAGGCGAUGGGAGCUCAUUUCGAAUGUAAAGACAAACUCAAUGGGGACGAUAGAAAAGAAUUGGGCCUCGGUUUGAUACUGAUUGAUUUCACACAUCAUGGCUUGUUCGAUUACCUUCAUGGCCAAGCUCUCCCAUGGGAGGGCCUUCAUGGGAGGAGGCGGGAGAGGUCAGACGAUGGCUCGAGCUGGCUAGAAAUGGUCAUGCUCGCAGCCCCAUGGAAGCACCUCCAUGGCCAAGCUCACCGGUGGAAGUGCCUUCGCUUUAUUUUUUUGAGAAAUCGGAAACACCUCCAAUGGUUGAGGCAGGGGAGGCCAGGCGAGGGCCCAAGCCGGGCAGAUGCGGUGAUGGGAGCUCAUUUCGAAUGUAAAAACAAACUCAAUGGAGACGAUGGAAAAGAAUUGGGCCUCGGGUUAUCUUUCAUAGAGCGCUUCUUCUCAUAAUAGAGAAGAGAAAUGGGCCUCUGCUUAUCUUCAUCCAACGUAGUAGAGAGUCAAUCCACAACAUCGUUGGAUAUAUCCAUGUCGCUUGAAAAAUAUUUCACAUAAAUAUUGUUAUUUGUCUUUAUCAUAAAA